CAGCAGGGCCGCUUAUGCCAGCUGGGUAGUGAAUUUUGUGAACUAGAAGUUUUUGCAAAGGUGCUACGAGCUUUAGAUAAAAGACAUCUGCUUCAUCACUGUUUCCAGGCUUUGAUGGACCAUGGAGUAAAAGUUGCUUCUGUACUGGCCUAUUCUUUCAGUAGACGCUGCUCCUACAUCGCAGAAUCGGAUUCUGCUGUAAAAGAAAAAGCAAUCCAGAUCGGUUUUGUUUUAGGAGGGUUCCUAUCGGAUGCAGGCUGGUACAGUGAUGCUGAGAAGGUAUUUCUUUCCUGCCUUCAGUUAUGCACCCUUCAUGAUGAAAUCCUGCAUUGGUUUCGUGCCGUAGAAUGUUGUGUAAGGUUGCUGCAUGUUCGAAACGGUAACUGUAAAUAUCACUUGGGAGAAGAAACGUUCAAGCUGGCUCAGUCUUACAUGGACAAACUGGCCAAGCACGGUCAGCAAGCGAACAAGGCAGCGCUCUACGGGGAGCUGUGCGCGCUGCUCUUUGCCAAGAGCCACUACGAUGAGGCUUAUAAAUGGUGUAUAGAAGCUAUGAAGGAGAUCACCGUUGGCCUGCCUGUCAAAGUAGUAGUGGAUGUUUUACGACAAGCUUCGAAGGCUUGUGUUGUAAAACGUGAGUUUAAGAAGGCUGAGCAGCUGAUAAAGCAUGCGGUAUACCUUGCCCGGGAGCAUUUUGGAGCCAAGCACCCCAAAUAUUCCGAUACGCUACUAGACUACGGAUUUUACUUGCUCAACGUAGACAAUAUAUGCCAAUCUGUUGCAAUCUAUCAGACAGCUCUUGAUAUCCGGCAGUCGGUAUUCGGAGGUAAAAACAUUCAUGUAGCUACAGCUCACGAAGACUUGGCUUACUCUUCGUACGUUCACCAGUACAGCUCUGGAAAAUUCGACAAUGCACUGUUCCAUGCUGAACGUGCUAUUGGCAUUAUAACUCACAUUCUUCCGGAAGACCACCUUCUCUUGGCUUCUUCAAAGCGAGUUAAAGCACUUAUCCUGGAGGAGAUUGCGAUAGACUGUCACAACAAGGAGACUGAGCAGAGGUUACUUCAAGAAGCUCACGACUUACAUCUGUCCUCACUGCAGUUAGCUAAAAAAGCCUUCGGGGAGUUUAACGUGCAAACAGCAAAACACUAUGGCAACCUUGGAAGACUGUACCAGUCCAUGAGAAAGUUUAAGGAAGCAGAAGAAAUGCACAUCAAGGCAAUUCAGAUUAAGGAGCAGCUUCUGGGUCAAGAGGAUUAUGAAGUCGCGCUGUCCGUGGGUCAUCUAGCUUCUCUCUAUAACUACGAUAUGAAUCAAUAUGAAAAUGCUGAGAAGCUUUAUUUGAGAUCCAUAGCGAUUGGAAAGAAGCUGUUUGGUGAAGGAUACAGUGGACUUGAAUAUGAUUACAGAGGUCUCAUUAAACUGUACAAUUCCAUUGGCAAUUACGAGAAAGUUUUUGAAUACCACAACGUUUUGGCCAAUUGGAACCGGUUGCGGGAUCGGCAGUUCUCCGUCACAGAUGCUCUGGAGGACGUAAGCACCAGCCCUCAAUCCACUGAAGAAGUGGUCCAGUCUUUUCUGAUGUCUCAGAACGUUGACGGACAGAGUAGCUAAGAACUCGGUCAGUUAACCAGUUACGGUGUUUUCCCCCAGGUUACAGGGGGAAAAGUCAUACUGUGAAAUCUAAACCAUGUAGUUCUCUGGGGGCUGGAAUUUGCGUUGAAACACUGGUCCAGUCUACUGAAGAGUGCCCAUACGGAUGAAUGUGUGUUCAAUUCUUCUCAGCAUGUGUAUGGCAUGUUUAGUUCGGCUCACAUUUUUAACUUGGUAUUCCUGAGAACCCCUUCUUUCUCUCUUCUUUCAAAAGAAGCUACUUUGCAGAAAGUCUGCAAGAAAACGUUAAAUAAAACUGUUUGAGUUCAAAAGAGUUGCUUUCUUAUUAUGAAUGGAAGGUUUCAUCAAGAACUUUAUUCUGAUAGAGAAAGAAUAAAUGCUGUACUAUAAGAAGUUGUAAGAGAAAGGUCUGUCUGCUGUAUGCAUUGUAGCAAAGGUAACCGUAAAUACCGAGAAAAGGGAGAACGCGCUAGCCUUGGCUGCUGCCUGAUGAAGGAAAAUGGCAAGGAGCCGCUCUGGAGAGCAGCACGCUCUGCGUGACCCACGCUAGGCUGUUAAGUGAGUAACCGCCGUACGUUGUUUCCAAUACCCUGAACUGGACCAGUGUUCAGCUGUGAGCGAGAGAAGAUCCAGUAGACCAGCAGUCUUAGCUCUCCUUGGUACCCACCAGGAGCGCUCAUCUUCUGAACAGGACCAGGAAAAGCGAAAGUGGACCAGCCUGCUAGAAACAGUCUUUGGACCAGUGGCUUUAAUUUAAUAUUUCUGCCCCUGCAUUCACUUUUACAGUAGAAUUAUUUCAUUUAGAUGUAUGAUCAGUGCAAAACUAUAUUCAUGUAAUAGAUACAAAACUAGGAAGUGAACGUUCUUUAGCGGUUGCGAUGGCAUGUCUUUACCUAGUGAGCUUCUACAAAUGUUAAUGUCAGUGCCACAAGCGAAAGCUAGAAACGCUUAACUCUUUGCUGCAGCCAUCUUUUUUUCCUUUUUGAAUGGGCUUACUCUAAUAAUUGAGGCAGUAACUCGUUUAUACUGGUUAAUAGUUUUGUAUUACAAUCCAGUUCAAUUUUAUGUUUCUGGAGAACACAACUUACUGUACAGUUUGCAGGGGUCAGCAGAAAAUGCCAAAAAGCACAACAGGUCUUUUUUUGUGAUGCUUCAUUUCUACAUUAAACGAUAGUACAACCA